AAAUGCUACUCACGAUAUCCACUCAUUCCACUUCUUUCUUGUUCUUUUGUUUUGUUUUUGGGGAAUGAACGUUGGAUGAAAUUGAGUUUAUGUGUCACUUGUAAGUUGUAACUCGCAAGUCAGCUAAAAUAUACUCGCCAAUCUCUGCACCGCCCACAGACGAUCGGCAGCAGAGCAAUCAACGGCGGCGACAAUGUCGAACAACGGCGUCACAAUAUCUGUCUCCGACGAUGACCCCGAAGAUCCCUCGAGCCGUAUGCGGCCUCGGUUCCGCCGGAAGCGCAAGAAUCCCGGCUCUAGAAGCAGGCCUGAUUUUACCCGAAGAAUCGUCGCCAAACUUCUCAAGUGGUGGCCGGCUCUUCUUCUCCUCCCCGCUGCCUGCCUCCUGAUUUACGAGGCCAUCAAAAUCGGCGACGGCGAGAUCCGUAAUCCGCCAUCGGCCAGGAAGUCGGAUCACGUAGCUACUCAGAGUAGUAAAGAUAAGCCGCUCGGGAACCUGAACAAACUUGAUCCCACCACUAGGGUUGUUGGGGGCGUAAGAGAGCGAUGUUUAAAGCUCCUACCUCCUGAAGAACUUGAGCUUUUGAAAAUUCCCAAUCUUAUGGACUCUAGAAGUCCACUAAAAGAGUUGGUGUAUACCAUGGAGACCGAUGGAGCCAGUAAAGAAGGGACGUUUAACUUAUCCAUGGUAUAUUUGGAGGGUUCAAGAUUUAAUUUAUUCACAGGAAACCAAACACUUGAGCAAAGAAACCAAGAGUUUAAGGUGACUGAAAAGGCUAAUGUCCACUGUGGGUUCUACAGUGAAAUUGGAGGAUUUAGGAUUUCUGAUGAAGACAAAAUUUACAUGAAGACUUGCCAAGUGGUGGUUUCUACCUGUGCAUUUGGUGGUGGAGAUGAUCUUUAUCAACCUAUAGGAAUGUCAGAGACUUCACUUCGGAAGGUUUGCUAUGUGGCUUUCUGGGAUGAAAUUACUCUCACAACACAGGAAGCACAGGGUAAUAAAGUUGAUGACAACCAUUUCAUUGGGAAAUGGCGCGUCAUAAUUGUCAGGGACUUACCCUUCAGAGACCAAAGAUUAAAUGGCAAAAUACCAAAGAUGCUUCCCCAUCGUCUUUUCCCAAAUGCCAGAUAUUCCAUUUGGGUUGAUUCAAAGUCUCAGUUCCGGAGGGACCCUUUGGGUGUCUUGGAGGCAUUACUUUGGCGUUCAAAUCACGAACUUGCAAUUUCAGAACAUGGUGCUCGUAGUAGUGUGUAUGAUGAGGCAAAGGCUGUUGUCAAGAAAAAUAAAGCGCCUCCAGAGGAGGUUGAGGUGCAGUUGGCACAGUAUCGUCAUGAUGGUCUUCCCGAGGAUAAGAGGUUCAAUGGGAAGAAAGCGCUAGCCGAGGCUUCCAUUAUCGUGAGGGAGCACACUCCAGUGACAAACUUGUUCAUGUGUCUUUGGUUUAAUGAAGUUGUUCGCUUCACUUCACGUGAUCAACUAAGUUUCCCUUACAUCCUUUGGCGACUCAAGGGAUUAACACGCAUCAAUAUGUUCCCUGUCUGCACCAGAAAGGAUCUUGUAAAUAGUAUGGGUCACAUACGCAAGGCAAAGCCCCUCACAAACUAAUUCAUUUGGUUCACUGCCAGAAGCAAGGCGGCCUAGCCAAGUCAAGUUCGUGAUUGAUUUACCAGAUUGGACAUCCUCUUUCGGCAUAUGUAUCAGCAAAGAGAUCAUGUGAGCAGGCAUAGAAUUUAUAUUUUCUUUUGGGCUUCAAUACCUCACAUCCUUGUCUUCUUUUUCGCAAUUAUUGGAUCUGGGGUGGGUGUUGGAGGUGUGAUUUUUGUAAAUUUGAUUGCUAGGUUAUUCAUUCCAACCAUAUGACCUUCCUGUUUCCUUGGGGUUAAAUUUUAUUUGUUGGACACUUUUUCCUUGCAUACUUCAUAUCCUUCUUUUCCAGGUUGUAGAUAGUAGAUAGUUCCCUUUGAUGGUCCACACUGUACCAAAUUUGUUAGUUUUACAUUGAAUAGAAUUAAAAAGGCCCACCUAUUUUUAUUACAA